AUGGCGAUAGGCAAAAGAUCUUGCAGCAUCGUCUGCUUGGUAUCUAUCCAGAUUAUCUUGAUUUUCAGCGCAUCGUGGCCUGGGGCAGCGGCUCUCACGUUCCCACAGCAGUACACGAUAAUGCACUGGGCCAGGCGUAUCGAACAGGAGAUUGACAGAGUCUUUCAGCACAUCACUGGCGCUCAGCAGUUGAAAGGGAUAUACAAUGAAGAAAGACGACGGUUUAGUCUGGUGAAGAAUCAGCCUCGGAAGAUCGUCGAGAAAGUGGCCUCAGAUAUAGAGAAACUCCUGGCUAAGAAGCGCAAAGCGCUUGAUAGGUUAGCCAGUGAAGCAGAGCGGCUCCAGCGAGAGCAUCAAUGGCAGGAUGGAAUCAAGGAGCUGGACAUGGCUUAUUAUGACUCCAAGGCAGAGCUGGACUAUGUGAGUAGGAGACCUGACGACUGAUUGUACUCUAUGGAUGGAGAAGGAGAGGUGGAAAAUCCUUCACACAUCAAGCUGGAGUUUGUUUAUGAUCCAAACUUCAAAAAUAAUGUCAACUAUUCCUACACAGCUGUUCAAAUUCCCACCGAUAUUUAUAAAGGAGCUCCGGUCAUUCUGAAUGAGUUGAACUGGACGCAGGCGCUGGAGAAAGUCUUCAUGGAGAACAGUCAGGAGGAUCCAUCACUGCUGUGGCAAGCGUUCGGGAGUGCUACUGGUGUCACUCGCUACUACCCAGCUACACCUUGGAAAGCUCCCGAUAAAAUCGAUUUGUAUGACGUGAGGAGGAGACCCUGGUACAUCCAGGGAGCCUCAUCCCCAAAAGAUAUGAUCAUUCUUGUUGAUGUGAGCGGCAGUGUCAGUGGACUCACCCUGAAGCUCAUCAAAGCGUCGGUGAUAGAAAUGCUGGACACUUUGUCUGAUGAUGACUAUGUCAACGUGGCCAGGUUCAACGAGAAGGCCGAGGCUGUGGUUCCCUGCUUCAAACAUCUCGUCCAGGCUAAUGUGCGCAACAAAAAAAUCUUCAAGGAUGCAGUGCAGCAGAUGCAGGCUAAAGGCACCACUGACUACAAGUCUGGUUUUCAUUUUGCCUUCAACCAGCUGUUAAAUAAGACAAAUGUUCCUCGGGCAAACUGCAAUAAAAUAAUCAUGCUGUUUACUGAUGGAGGAGAGGAUAGAGCUCAGGAUGUCUUCAUGCAAUACAACUGGCCCAACAAAACGGUUCGAGUUUUCACCUUUUCUGUGGGUCAACACAACUAUGAUGUUACACCUUUACAGUGGAUCGCAUGCACCAAUAAAGGUUACUAUUUUGAGAUCCGGUCCAUCUGUGCUAUAAGGAUUAACACCCAGGAGUACCUCGACGUGCUGGGGCGUCCCAUGGUGCUGGCAGGCAGCAAUGCCAAGCAGGUUCAGUGGACCAAUGUGUACCAGGAUGCUUUGGGUCUUGGAAUGGUAGUAACUGGGACUAUGCCCGUCUUUAAUCUCACCAUGGAUGGAAACUCACAGAAUCAGCUGAUAUUAGGUGUCAUGGGAGUGGACGUGCAUCUAGAUGAGAUAAAGCGCCUAACACCACGGUACAAUCUUGGAGCCAAUGGAUACAUAUUUGCCAUUGAUCCAAAUGGAUAUCUUCUCCUUCAUCCUAACCUUCAGCCAAAGCCGGUGAACCUCCCUGAGCCGGUGACGCUGGACUUCCUGGAUGCAGAGGUGGAGGACAGCAAUAAAGAGGAGAUCCGGCGACAAAUGAUAGAUGGAAGACCGGGUGAGAUGCAGAUCAAAACUCUAGUCAAGUCAAUCGAAGAGAAGUACAUUGACGACGUGUACAGGAGUUACACCUGGACUCCUAUCAACGACACAGAUUACAGUCUAGGUCUGGUAUUACCCCCCUACAAUGAAUACUUCAUCCAGGCAGACCUGAGUGAUGUGAUGCUGCAGCUCCAGUGUGAAACUGACAUCACCCUCUGCCUUGAUACAGAUAUGCAGUCGCUCCUGCCCAGCUCCUUUGAAUCCUCAGGACACGUGUUUCUGGCUCCCAGGGAAUAUUGCAAACGUCUGAAUCUUUCUGACAACAACACCCAGUUUUUGCAGAACUUCCUCUCGCUCAUGCUCGACAUUUCUCCAGAAUCUGAUGAGUGUGACCAAGGCCUCAUCCACAACCUGAUUUUGGAUUCUAGGAUAAUCGGGCAGCUGGCCUCUCGUGUUUGGAAGAACAAGGACCUGAAUUCGUACGGCUUCCUGGCUGUAUUUGCGUCCACUGAAGGAGGAAUAACACGUGUGUUCCCCAACAUAGCUGCUGAGUUAUGGGAUGAGGAUCCCGAACCCUUCAAUUCUAAUUAUUAUAGACGGAGCCUCGACAACAAAGGCUACAUGUUCAGAGCUCCAUCCAGAUCCGCGUUGGAUGACCCUGUUGGUGCAGAGAAUGGCACUAUUGGGAUUCUGGUGACUUCGGCCGUGGAGGUUAAUAUAGGAGGCAAACUGCUCAAACCUUCAGUGGUCGGAGUGAAGCUGGACUUGGAGGCGUGGGUGGACAAGUUUAAGAUCCUGGCCAGCAACAUGUCAGACAGUCAACAGGGCUCACACAAGUGUGGACCUUCCAGAAGCUGUGAGAUGGACUGUGAAGUGAAUACUGACGACCUCCUCUGUUAUCUCAUUGAUGACGGUGGUUUCCUGGUUAUGUCAAAUCAAAGAGAUCAUUGGAAAAAGAUCGGUCUUUUCUUUGGUGAUGUUGACCCUUACCUGAUGCAUGCUCUCUACAACAACUCCAUCUUCAAUCGACUUCAGUCUUUCCACUACCAGUCUGCAUGUGAACCAAUCAGCAGCAGCCAUACUGGUGCAGCAACAAGGGGCAUCUUUGUGCCCUCCAUUGCUGACAUCCUUAGCUUGGCCUGGUGGACAUCCACGGUGGCAUGGUCUGUGACCCAGCAGCUGCUUUAUGGACUCGCCUACAACAGCUGGCUCUACCAAGAUGAUCUCCUGGUUGAAGGUUUUGAAACAAGGGAAAGCAGCUGCGUGACCAUCCAAAGCCAGUUCUACUUCACAAACACCACAAACUCCUACAACGUGCUGCAGGACUGUGGAAACUGCUCACGGCUUUUCCACGCUAAGCGGAUAGAAAGUACCAACCUCCUCUUUGUGGUGGCUGAGACGCUCCCCUGCAGCUCAUGUGAGAUAGAGAGAUUGACGCAGACCAAGACAGAGUUUCAGGAGGAGAAUCCAUGCGAAGUACUGAGCAACGCACGAUAUCGUAAAGGCCCGACAUCCUGCUUUGACUCCAGUGCCUUAGAAAACACGUCUGAGUGUGGACGAGGUUGUGCACUGCAAUCCUCUAUUGGAGUCCUUCUCUUUAUUCAGUUUACUCUCCCUCUUUUUCAUCUCUGACACGUGCAAACACCCUAACUGACAUCUUCCACCUCUUUGGGUUUAGGCUCGGAUCUACUGAAGGUCAGAUCACAGCGUCUGCAAAAAAAUUAUUUUGUGAUGUACAAACGACACACAGUGCAUUUGUGCUUGAACAAAACGUGCAGAACAGCUCUUAGUGUUUAUUGCCUUAUAGUUUAUGCAUUUGUUGGUGUUUCAGGGCUUGCUUAUGUGCAAAUUAUAGAAUGUGUCGAGUGUGCAUGCUACUUAAACCAAGACAAGCAUGUUUACAUUUUUUGCACACAUGCUCAGCCAUGUAAGCAACCACCAAAAAGUCUAGGAGGCAACUGAAAUGCACUUUUUAUGGGCCAAUAAGUCAUCACCCAGCAGGAGCAGACGUCAAUUGGAAUUUGAGGUUUAUUUCUGGUGGUGAGAAUACAAAAGAUCUCAAACUCAGUACACAGUGGUGGAAAGAAGUAUUCAAGUUUUUCUUGCGUUGCUCUAGAGAUACCAUAAAAAGUAAUGCAUCAAGAUUUUACUUCAGAAAAAGUAGAAAAGUAUGAGCAACAAACGUUACUUGAAAUGAAAAUACUUAUGUGACGGCCGAACUAGUCCGAUCAGUGUUAUCUCCACAUAUCAUGCAUUAUAUUAUCAGGUUAUUAUUACUGAUGUAUUAAGCAUCCAUUUUAUUGUUGUAACUCGCCUAGAUGGAGCUCAUUUUCACUACUUUAUAUACUCUUGGGUAGUAUUAUCUAUCACAAUUAUUUUUUAAACUCAGCAUAGGUUUUCUAUGUAAAAUGUUCAAAUGAAAAGUAAUUACAGCUGUCAGAUAAAUGUAGUGGAGUAACACGUACACUACGAUAUAGGUGAGUUGGAAAUAUUAAAGGUGCUCUGUGAAGUUUACAGUCAAUGUUUCUAACGAAAACAAAUUAUAUGUAUUCUUGAGGUCUAACACGUGUUGAAUGCACUUCCUGCCUCAGAAAGAAAUAUUUUGAUUAAUCUUUUGAAAAUGUUGCAAUCGCUUUGUUUACAUACGUGUUUACUUGUUUGCACUCUUCUUCCUCCCUGAAUUUUCUGGCGUAUUGCAACAUUUCUUGGCGCGUCACUGCCAACUGAUCAGUGGAAUAGGGUGAAACCAUUUGCAGCUCUGUGUAUAUCACGGACACAACAGCACCAAAACAUGGACCCACUUACACAAACAUUGCUCCAUAGCGCUACUCGUGGUCAAAGACUUCACAGAGUACCUCUUAAAGUAGCAAAACAUGGAAAUGCAACCCAAGCAAACCGAUAAGAGCUCCUUGAUUGGCUGAGCACAGCUUUGUGGAGAUAGACCAGUUUGAGUUGUUACAUCUUUCAUUGUCACUGCCUGACACCACAUUGAACAGCUCUGCCUCUGAAUAUAAUGAUAUGACCUUUCAGUUGUAGGCUUUACAGCAUUUGUGUGUUUGGAAUGGUUCAUUAGAUGAGGCCCAUCUCAAUAGUUAUGUUUAUAUGGAAUUACCAUUUCCAAACAACUGCUGGGUAAAGCUACCCAAGUCAUUCACACAGGUUAACAUUGUGCACACCACACAUACAGCUUAGUGCUACAGCAGGAUAAUGUAAAUAGAUAGCUGCAGAGCUCAGACGCAGAUGCUUCCUAAAACGUUAUGCUUUUGUUAGCUUUGUGAAAUUUAAAGUAAAUGAUCUCCACCAGUUUUUCUUUUUCAAUCCCGUCCUAGUGAAUAUGUUUUCAUAUAAAAGAGCUCCCUCUAUGUUCAGUGUUUUUUACAUGAUAGUAGAUCCGAGCCUUGGCCUCACAUUCACUUCAGUGUCUUUCAAUCCUUCGCUGACCUUUUGCCAAGAUUCUCAGUACUUUAAAUUAUAUCAUACAUGACAUGACCCAGAAUGAUUGUAUUCUGCCAUCUCAACGACACCCUGUCUCUUUCAGUAUUAUUUGCCCCCCUAAAAUUAUUUUCUCAGAGCACUUUGAGAAAUGAGACAACUGGUGAGAAAAGUCAGUAUGUGGAAUAAUACCAGUGUUAGACCUUCAGCAAGAUAUUGUGAUUUUAAAAUCAAAGUAGUUUCAUUCAUAUGAGGAUUGUUAAAGUCAAGGUUUGUUGAAAUGCUUCCAUAGAUACACAAUAUGAUCUUGAAGUGCUUCCAGUUAAAUAGUUAAAAGGUGUAAAAACAAACAAAAUCAAACAAAAUUCUAAAAUGUUAACAGUGUUUAUAUUGAUAGAACUGUAGUAGUGAAUCCUCCAUACCACUGCAUGGUUUAAUGCAAUAAUGCCGUGAUAAUCUGAUUUUAGCAGUAAUUAUCAUUGUAAUCAGUUUAUAAUCAAAUUUAGAUUUUAUGUCAUUUACAUGCAGUGUUAUCUCUGUAUUCCUAUAGCACAAAACAUGCGCAGAUGUCAGUGUUUGACAAAUAGGGUUUUAAACAUCAGUUAGUUGAUGGAUGGGAAGCUCUCUGUCCAUUUUUUUGGUAUCUUGUAUCGCCACUAUUUGUCAAACUGGAAUUUAUGCACUAAUGUAUGCUUCUGUAUGAGGAAUGUAGCUUCUGAACAGCUUUCAAUGUUAUCAAUAUGUUAUCAGUAUGUGAGGUUUUUUGACCCUCUGUUGAGAUUCCCUUGAUGUUUUGUUGAAAGUGAUGAUUUGCUGUGGCGAAUAUUUUAUAUUUUAUCAUGCAUAACUUGUCACAGCAUUAAUAACUGAUUCAACUUUUUACUAAAUUAUGACGUUGUAAAAUUCAGUAAUUUAUUCACCGUGAAAUGUCAGCCCAGUACUCUAUUUAUGGGGAUAUUACUACUUAUGUUUGGAACCAAAGUUCUUUUAGAUUAUACAACAUAUUUAAUUUAUGGGAGGAUUAAUACUCUUUUGGUUCAGGCGUAAUCUUAAGGCCAUAAACAUAUAUUAUGACUGCAAGUGACAAUUAUUGUCAUUAUUUCUUAUUCUGUCAAAUAUUUUCUCAAUUAAUAAAAAAACGGAUCAACCAUCCAAAACCUCAAAAUAUUCCUUUUAAAGUGACACAAAGAGCACAAAAGCAUUACAUCCUGACAUUGCACAAGCUGGACCAAGCAAAUGAUUGUCAUGUUGACUGUUAAUUAUUAAAAUAGUUGCAAAUGAAUUUUGUCUUGAUCGCCGAAUCAGCUUAUUGACUAACAAUUCCAGCUACAACAUAUUUUAUAAUAUUCCAGUUGUAUGCCUUAUUUUAAGUUCAGAAAGUAAGCAGGACGGCAAACAAGGCUACAGCAUAUGUUAGUAAUGCUAAAACACAUUAAAUGUGUUUUAGCAUUACUGCUAUAUACAAAAAAGUUUUUAGAAAAUACAUGUUUUUUGAUAAAAUAAAAAAAGAUAGAUUUAUUUGUAAAACAAUCUUUAAAUUACAUCUAAAAAUAUUUAACUGAUGGGCACAAUGUGUGUCUUACUGCAUUUUGGAACACAAUGGACUCUAUUUAAAAUUAGAACAAAGCACAAAUCCUGCUUGUAUGUACACUUUAAAAAAAAAAUAUUCAAGUAAAGUCUUUGUAAUGUCUUGUCUCUGAGGAGUUAUGCAUGAUAAAAUCGAGAAAACAUGUUCCCACAGUGAUCAUCAGUCCCUAGUGUCUUCUUGUAUUUUUGAUCAUUUGAACUGGUUAAAGAGUUAAUGGGGAUAUUUAAAAAAAUCUUUUUUUGUCAAAAUAUUUGUAAAAUGUUGUUUCUCUCUGUCUGCCUGGUGUUCCACCCUGCAGUGCCUUGUUGCACUCAUUUUGGAUAGUAGGAACCUUUGGCUCUUAGAUGUGUUGAUGUUCAUCCUGCACGGCCAAACUAAAGACACGCCUGAAGUUCAAGGGUCGCAAUGGUUCAGCCCUAAAUGGACUUCUUCAUCAGGGAAAUAAAAAAAAUGCUCUUCAUGAACUUAUGAAGCAUUUUAAGGAGCACAGAACCGUUGUGAACGAGCACAACAGAAGUGUGUCAAGCAACUGGCCUCCCCUCCUGCCUUCUCGUGGACAGAUGUCUGUCAGAGCAACGAGAACGAACCCUGCUGCCCUUCUAUGUGUCGUUUAUCUCUACACUGGUUCAGCCUUGAACCAACGCACAGACACUGUCCAUUUUCAUAGAUUUACUUUGUCCCAUAUCCACACUGUAUAUUCUAGAUUUGAAGCCUGUCGGAAACAUGUAAUUUUCCGUUAGUACUGACUGAAAUGACUGAAUGUUUAUGUACAGUAAUACUACUGUUGUGCUUCUCUGCUGUACCCGAGCAUGGUGGUAACCAGGAGAAGCAGAUUUAAGCUCUACACUGUUUGGGGACCUCAGCAAAAACACUGCUUUCAAAAGAGUAUUAAGUAUUAUUAAGGUCAUAUUGCAUUAGUCAAACACCACUGUAGGAAAUACAUUUUAUGGAACUCUUUAUAGCCUACAAUAUAUUACUGCUGUUGAGGUCAGUGUUGUAGUUUCGUUUUGAAUUACCGGUAUUAAUUUGCAUGAUAUUUAGAACAAUUAAAAAAUGUAUGUAAAUAAUCUGAUGGAUAUUUAACAUUCCUGUCCACAUUUAGCUCUUCAUUACUGUGUGGAGAAAUGAGGGCGCCCCCUGCGGAUAUGUGGGGUGAUGUGGCGACCUCAGUGCUCUUUACUGUGUGUAACUGAAUGAAGCUGAAAGUUUGACUUCAGUGAAGCCUACAAUAACUGUCAGUGUUUGCAAUUUAGGUUUUUGCAGCAAGUAAGCACAGAGAAGUUAUGAGCAACUUACUGCCUGAUUAAACUUUUGUCAUUUAUUUGGGAAAAACGAUGGCUGAAGACAAUUCAUGCGUUUAAAGGCUGUUAUAACGUACACAUAAGGACGUGGCAUGUGUGAGGAAGCCAUUUUAUUAAUUAACUUUGUUUAUGAAAUCGAUGUUGCUUAUUUCAUUAAUGUAUGUAUUAUUUUAUUUGUUUAUUUAUUUAGAUAUUGUGAACAAAUUCAAAUAUGAAGGGAUUGAAUGUGUUUGAAGCUUGGGUGGUCUCACUAAGCCUUUUACAAGAAAAUUGCAAAACAGCCAAAAACAAAUAAAUAUAUAUAUAUAUAUAUAUAUAUAUACAUACAUGCAUAUGUAUGUUCAUGUCCUUUUUAUUUACUGAGUAUCAAAUCAGAAUAAUGUUAAUGUUUUUUGCUGUAAUUUAGUUUUUCCUUUUGCUGACGUUGUUUACUUGGAACAGUUUUCUCUCUUUGUGCCAGUCUCUAAUGCCACCUCAUUUUUGUACAGACAAUGCAAAGCAGUCCACAGAAGAUGAAGGCUAAAUUUGUAAAGAUUUUGUCAGUCACAUUACAAAAAUGGAUAUUUAAAUGUUUAUAUCUUUGGUCAUUAAAUGCUGUUGAUAUUUUUCACUUCA